AUGCUCUCGCUGGCUAUCCUUUUGGACAGCAUGAGGCCUGUUGUGCCCACCUUGUUAAUACUGGGAACGGCGGUUCCUUAUUUCAUUCUAACCUUAGGCUGGCAUACUGUCUCCUUAUGUUUUCCAUGCAGAUGGGUCGCUUUCAUAGACGACAAGAUGUACAGUAUCUACCAACGGGUCAUUCUCUUCUUCUUCGAGAACAUCUCUAGAGUUAAGAUAGUACUCUACGGAGAUGUAAAGCAGUUCCUUCGCAAGCCUGAAAGGGCAAUCUACAUCAGUAACCAUCAAUGUUCAGUUGACUGGGCAGUGGUCGACAUUCUUGCGAUUCGACAAGGUUGUCUGGGCGGAUUACGUUACGUACUCAAAAACACGCUGAGUUAUAUUCCUCUCUACGGCUGGUAUUUCUAUAUGCAUGGCUGUGUUUACGUUCGGAGGGCGCGUCGGUUCCAGGAACACCUCACGAGCAAGCAGCUGCGCUACCUGUGCGACUUAGAUUAUCCUUUCUGGUUGGUGCUUUUUCCAGAGGGAACUCGUUAUAACCCAAAGAAGACGACAGCCAUUGCUAAAAGUGAGGAAUACGCCAUCAAACAUGGCCUCGUCCCGCUCACCGAAGUGCUGAUGCCCAGAGUCCGCGGUUUCAAGUUGGCAGUCGAUCAUCUACGCCGACACGUGGACGCCGUCUAUGACGUCACUGUGAUCUACGAGUCAUCGAUGCCGGGAAGCAAGCGCGUUCGUCGAGUGUCGCCAAAUAUGUGUGAUUUCGUUUGUGGUCAUGACAUAAAGACGCUGCACAUCAAAAUUAAACGGUACGCUAUCACUGAGAUACCGAAAAACGCGGAAGAAUUGGAAGAUUGGCUGUAUCGUCGUUUCCUCGAAAAAGACAUCUGUUAUUCUGCCACUAGUGGAAUAUUUUGCAGUUCCGUUGAAAUACCCACACUGCCGGCCAGCAGCACCUUUCCGUCUUUGAUGUUGCUCUCAGUAGCAUUGGUUCCAUUACUAGUGACCGACAUUGGUAGGAAGGUCGGCUUGGCCGCGAUGACACUAGGCAGCGUCGGCUGCAUUGCGUACCUGAAAAUCAGAAACGUCGUUUAG